AUGAGUCCACCCUUGUCGCACCCUGCUCUCAACACUGAAUUGAAAGACAAUAAUACUUGGCUGCUGAACUCCCUGUCUUCUCUGAACGACCCGGUCGAUUUGUUCCCAAUCAACCAGAAUCUCUCGGGGAACUUUUCUUUUGAUGACCAGAGCCUCAAGUGGACAUCUAGCAUUGCUCCAAGUAGUGGCCAGACAGAAGACGAUGAACCGCUCACAAUCCCAAUUGGGCAUCUGACGCCAACGAGCAGCCUAUUCACCCUAGAACCUAUCCGCAGGCUCGUCGGAGACUAUCCGGAGGACUACUUUUUGCAGAUUGAAGAGGCGCGUUACUUCCAGCCAGCCACAUUCGCUGGAAUCUUGGCAGAAGGGCUGGCUAGUCUGGAUAUCGACAGAUCAGACAGCGAAACUUACAUGUCGGCUUUUUUGUUGCAUGUUCAUCCACAGUUUCCAAUUGUUGAUCCAGAUUCGUUCACCACACUUUAUCGCCGUGUCAUGAACGAUGGCGACCACUCGGAUGAUCUUGAUGAUCUUGAUGUAGCUCUAUGCCUUGUCAUCAUGGCACUGGGGAAAUUAAUAUCUAACAGGCAAGCCUGUUCACCGGGCCAUUGUAGCAGGGACGAUGGAUCUGACUAUUUUGCCUUGGCCUAUAAUAUCCUUACAUCAAGAUGUAUAUCUACGUUUGGGUUUAACCUUUCACUCGCCUCCGGUCUGGUGCAUUCUGCCAUCUACAUGUGCUAUUUGGAACGGCCCUUGCACGCGUGGCGAUUUACCCACAUGGCAUCCACGCAGGUCCAAAUGAUGCUACCAAGUGACAGUCUUGCCGAAUUCCACCUGCCCCGUAGUGGCAUCGAACUGAUCAUCGAUAAUAUGCCAUUUCCCCAAUUCUCCAGUAGCGGCGAUCAUGAUGGGCUGAACUUUCUAGCCAUAUGCUCAAUAAGACGCCUGUUGAACCGCAUUCAUCGCGCCAUUUAUGCGAAACAACCUAGUAAAGGCACGCAGUCCAUGGGCAUCGGAGCCAACUCUGGAUGGACCCUACAGCAGCCCAGCGUGUUCUUCUCUGUGGAGGCACUCGGAAGUGUCUGCGCGGAGCUAGAUAGGCAGCUUGAUGCUUGGUAUGAGUCGCUGCCUAUAGAUAUCAGGCCGGAUCUGUCAGAGACCGUGCCAGUCAAUUCUCACGACGGCUGGCUCCGUCUCCGGUACUGGUCGGCCAAGCAUAUCAUUUGUCGCCCCUGCCUAGUUUACGCCACUGAACUGACCGACCAUGCCCACUUGCCCGCCUAUGUUCUGGAGAAUUCAGAGAAGUGUGUGGAGAGUUGUAGGAACUACAUCCAUACCGCCUCUAUCAUCCUCACGGAGAGGACUCAGUGGACAUUUAUGACGAUCCAAGGGUUAGUUAUUGGGCGUGACGAAAUCAUCAAGUUUUGUUCAAAAUACUGA